CAAAUGAUGGGCCUGACGGUCCACAACCACCAUGACCCUUUCCUCAUCCCUGACACAAUUUAUACGCCGUUCGAAACUAUUAGCAUUUCGUGGCAGGGAUGGUGUUAUCCAUAAAGGGUGCUCAUGUGAAUCCACAGAAGUUGGUUGUUUGCUAGGGGUUUGGGGUGAUUUGUAGCUGGGCCUUUCGCUCGGGUUUCUCCCUCGCGAUUUGUCUCUUUGAGGCCACCGGAUUGCAGUUUUUUUUCUCUGUAACGAGCUUUAGCAAAAAUGACGCCCUUGUCGAUUAUCAGUCUCCUUUUAGUGGCGGGGGUAGCAUGGUUUACCGGCACUGACCCCAUGAAGCUCUCCAUGGGCCGGGACAUAUCAGAAUUCGACCCCCAAUAUAUCGAACCACCUCCCGCCUCUCUGCUCAAGGACUUCCCUCGCGACAACGAGAACAAGCUGAAGAAUGGAGAAAUCAAGUGGCAAGGUGAACUCCUCGGGCCUGAGAGCUUGACAUUCGACGCACAAGGUCGGGGGCCGUACACAGGUGUUUCCGAUGGCCGCAUUCUACGAUAUGACGGUCCGGAGCUCGGGUGGACCACCUUCGCGUAUACUUCAACAAACAGGUCAUACGCGUGUGCGCCCAAGAGCCCGUUGGCCUUUAACCUAGCCCUUGAGCACGUGUGUGGACGUCCUCUGGGAAUUCGCUUCCACAAAGAGACAGGCGACCUCUGGAUCGCAGAUGCAUACUUGGGCAUCAUGAAGGUAGGGCCAGAAGGCGGACAAGCGGAGCUUGUGCUGAACGAGAUUGACGGCGUGCCAAUGAAGUUCAUGAACGACCUCGAUUUCGACGACGAAGGCAACAUGUACUUCACAGACAGCAGCACCCGUUGGCAGCGGCGACAAUUCCUCCUCUCACUCCUGGAAGGCGACGACACCGGCAGGUUCAUCAAAUACAACCUCGCCACGAAGCAAACCACUGUACUCAUCGAUCACCUUCGGUUCUCCAACGGUGUCACGGUCAGCAAGGAUGGCACAUUCGUGCUCAUUGCCGAAUGCCGCAUGGGGAGGCUAUGGCGGUACUGGCUGAAGGGAAGCAAAGCAGGCACUCACGAGCUUUUCGCAGAUCUACCAGGAUUGCCCGACAACGUUCGUCGCAACGAAGCAGGCGAUUUCUGGGUGGCACUCCACUGCCGCCGCAGAUCAGCCGAAGAGUUCCUGAGCAAGAACCCUUGGAUCCGAACCCUGAUCAUCCGCCUCCCGAUCCCGCUGAAGCUCGUCUACGUGUUACUGGCCGGAAAGCCUCAUGGCGUCAUCUUACGCUACGGCCCUGACGGCACCAUGAGGGAGAUUCUCGAGGACCAAACCGGCAAGGUGGCUAAAAUGGUGAGUGAGGUGGAAGAACACGACGGCAAGCUAUAUCUCGGCUCAGUUCUCUUGCCCCAGAUCGUCGUCUACACUUUGCCGCAAACCGAAUCGCCAGCAACGCCCGCCACCGCAACGGAGUAAAAUCCCAAAUCACAAGCAUCGAGUCACUAAUCGCAUUCCUUGGAAAGUGCUCGAACACGGCGCACCAUCUUCACCACAUCACGCUGCUGCUGCUGCUGCUGCUGCUUAUCCCGAUCGAGCGAGGGAGUUCGGCGAGGGCCACCGAGAUUUUAGUGUCCAGAAUGUUGAUAGAUUCUCCCGCAAACUUGUUGCCGUCGAGGCCAAUUUCGAGCUCCACACCCUCGUCGCAGACCUGUUCACAUUUGAAGGCGUUUUUUAUUUUGACUCGCCGUAGUGGUAUGAUCUUGGAGUCCAGAUCUCGGCUCUUUACUGUACGAGGAUUCUACUUUUUGUCGUGCGUUGUGGGGUUCUUGGUGAUGGAAUUGUGAUGCUAAUGUUGUUAAGAAUUCCAUGUGGCAUGAUUGUAUAUUAUCUCUAGUUUGGGAAGAGGUUUUUGGCAAAUUGUAAGGUUGUUUAUAAAGAUGUACAAUUGACCUUGUCGUUGACCUCAUAAGGCUUUAUUACGUAA